GCAGCCAAGCACAGCAAGGAAGACAACUUGGUGGCCGAGCCUGGUCCAGACAACCGGAGCUCCAGCAUGGGGACCUCCUUCUUACCCUCAGUACAUCACUGCUGGGAGAGGGGACAAGGAGAGGGCUGCCGCUUGGGCAAGUACCGGCUCAGGGACCGUUCUUCACUGACAGCCCCCUCCGGCGGGGCAGACGAGCGGAGCACGCCUUAUAGCAGGGGCAGCUCCGCUAAGGGAAGCGGCCCAUUUUAUCGCGUGGGGGAGGGAAAAAGCGCCGAGUGCCCAGGAACAGCGGCCAGGGCUCUGGGGGUGGGGGCUUUCCCCCGAGUCCUGACGUAGAAAGUAAGCCGGGAUGACCGCCCCGGCUUCUUAAGGAGCGCGGCGGCGGGCGCGGUAAGCGCCCUGCCCGGCUCUCCCUGCACGCCGGAGCGCCGAGUGACACAAUGGAUUUUGGUAACAGAGGGAGAAUCCACUGCAACAUGAGGCUCACCUACUGUCUGCUAGUCAUGGGAGUGUUCUGUGUGACACCUUCCCUCUGCCAUAGCCAGAUUGAUCCACUGGCUCUUGGGCGAGCAGACCCUCAGUGCUGGGAAUCCUCCUCAGCUGUAUUACUGGAGAUGAGGAAGCCUCGCAUUUCUGACUCUGUCAGUGGCUUUUGGGACUUCAUGAUCUUCCUGAAAUCAUCAGAAAACUUGAAACAUGGGGCUCUGUUCUGGGACCUGGCUCAGCUAUUCUGGGAUAUCUAUGUGGACUGUGUGCUCUCCAGAACCCAUGGCCUAGGAAAAAGACAGCUUGCAAAAGCUCAACAGAGGAUCACUACUCUACCUUCUCAGUUCACAGGGAGAAACCAAGGGAUGUUCACUCAUAUUCAGAGGUCACCAGUUCUGACGAAGAAAGACUUCUUUGAAGAUUUAAUAAAAAACCACAAGCAUAAGAGUAGAUCUACGUUACUUGGAAGAAUCACUGGAGAGCUAGGGAAAAAGAGGAAAUGACACAUUUAAUCCAAGAUCUCAAUUUGUAGUUUUUUUAACUGUUUCUCUUUUUUGCAUUUUAAGUCCCACUGAUGUUAAUUUGCAGGUGGACAAAUGCCUAUAACUAGUACUGUAUCUGAUUAACUUCUGGGUUGUUGUCUUGUUUUGUUUUUGUGUUGUUUUUUUUCUUAAGUGCCUAUGAAUUUAGUCUCCGUAAUAAACUGCAUGGUUUA